CGUAGUCCCCCAGGCGUCCGGUCACAAUAAAUAAAUAUUUGCUUGCCAAUUAUUUUUUUAUUGGCAAUCUAACAGAUAUACCCUAAAGGUGUAAUUCGAACUGGUUCAAUUCAUUUAGAGUAGCAAUUAUCUAUCCAUCCUUCGUAAUUAUGUCUCCUGAAAAGAAAAAUACCAACAAAACAGCUGCAGGAAGAAAGUUUUUAGCUAGAAACUCAUUAUUGACGGAUACUUUCCAAAAAAGUGAAAAUGCCAACGUCUACCAUAUUGUUUUGCUUAUUUUAUGCCAUUUUUUUAUCGCCACAGGACUGACCCAGUACACACAUAACAAAAGGGUUGAUUUUGGAUUUGGUUUAAUACUGAAAAAUUUCUACAACUUUGAUAAAGCUGUGCAAAUUUGGUUGUUCUGCUUUGCGUCUACAUGUGCCUCCUUCCUCUGUUUUACUGUGUGGGCUAAUUUCAGAAACUUCAGCAAAGAAUACAAAGUCUAUUGGGACCGGCUUUGGACCCUAUUCUUAAUUCUCUAUUACUACUACAGCUUCAAAAUAACUGGUAUUGCUAUUAAAAACUCUGCUUUUAAACUGCCUUUGGGAAUAUUUUUAGCAAUGGAAACCGUACCUACGACUUUUAAUGAAAGUGCAUUCAUUUGUACGAAACAAUGUUGCUAAGGUCAUUGCACAAGACAACUGUAUUCAAGUUUUUCCAAAAUUUUCUAACUUUCUGUAUUUUCUUUUCGCCCCGACUCUCAUCUACAAAGAUGAGUAUCCAACCAAAAAGAAGAUUAACUGGAAGUUUGUGGGUGCUCUUUUGUUCGAAAGUGUUUGUAUAAUGUUAAUGUUUAGCUACGUGGCAGACACGGUGAAUUCGCACAUCCAAGAUUACGGUUUACGAAAGUUUACCGUAACUGAACUGGUAGUGGCCAUUGCCCAAAAUAUCGUUCGAGUUGGAACAUUAACCAUGUUAUCUAUAUUUGCUUUUUAUCUCCACUGUCUUCAAAAUAUCUUUGCCGAACUUACGGGGUUUGAAGACAGAUUUUUUUAUAGCGACUGGUGGAACGAUAGCAAUCCCAAAGCUUGGUUGCGAAACUGGAAUCCAAUUGUUGAAGAAUGGCUUUACUUUUACGUAUAUGUGGAAUUCAAAACACAUGUUUGCAAUAAUACGUUUCUCACGAAAAUUGUAACUAUUAGUCUGUCGUUUGUGGCUCACGAUUGGCUUCUGACCGCCUUAGUAGGUAGUUUUUGUCCGUUUAUGUUUAUAGGAAUAUUAAUAUUGAUGUUCCCUCUGUCUUCUUUCUCGUUGCCUAAACACAAAUUCGUUGUUGUUUGGAAUUGGCUCGUUAUGAGUUUUGGUUGGAAUCUGGUGACAUUUGUGUAUUCUUUAGAAUAUCAUACACAAAUGAACGCCCCUGUCAAAAAUCUAACGUUUUUACAAACAUUGAUGCCAAAAUUUAUGCUUUCUGACUGUCUUUUUCUAGAAUAAGGUGCGAUUUGGGGACCAGAAAUGACACCAACUUCAUUCUUUGAAAUGGAAUACUUGUUUUUUUUUUUAAUGGAAAGCUUGCUUCGUUACUAUAAAAAAUCAAAUAUAACCAAUAUUCUGAAAUCAAUAACGUAGGGCCGGUUGCAUAAACGCAAAUCAAAGUUAAUCUCUGAUUAACUCCAUAGUAACGAUUGUUAUUAUCAUAGUUACAAUUGUUCUUAAUCAGAGAUUAAAUUUGAUUUGCGUUUAU